AGUCUCUAUGGGGUCAAAAGGAAAGCAUAAAUAUUCUGUUAUAUGUUUGUAUGCAAGUGAGUUCCGUCAGUUGCGAGACCGAUGUUGUCCUUCUGAAGUGGAUUAUAUUGCUUCCUUAAGCCGUUGUAGGAAUUGGGAUGCCAAAGGUGGGAAGAGUAAAUCUUUCUUUGCUAAGACACUCGACGAUCGAUUAAUAAUAAAGGAGAUUAAGAGGACAGAAUUCGAUUCAUUCAUGAAGUUUGCACCCAACUACUUUAAGUACAUGGAUCAGUGUUAUGAGUUGCAUAAUCCGACCUGCCUUGCUAAAGUUCUCGGCAUUUACCAGGUCAUCGUAAGAGCAACUAAGAAUGGAAAAGAGACCAAACAUGAUCUCCUGGUGAUGGAGAAUCUGUCAUUUGGUCGAAACAUAACGAAACAGUAUGAUCUUAAAGGAGCUCUUCAUGCUCGAUUCAAUUCUGCUGGCAAUGGAUCGGGUGAUGUUCUCUUGGAUCAGAAUUUCGUCAAUGAUAUGAAUGAUUCACCUCUAUAUAUCAGUAUGAAAUCGAAGCGUAACUUGCAAAGAGCUGUGUGGAACGACACUACUUUCCUCCACUCGAUCAACGUGAUGGAUUAUUCUCUACUUGUGGGAGUAGACACUCAACGUCGGGAACUGGUCUGUGGCAUCAUAGAUUAUCUCCGACAAUAUACAUGGGACAAACAAUUAGAGAAUUGGGUCAAGUCUUCGCUGGUUGUUCCUAAGAACCAGCAGCCAACUGUUAUCUCUCCAAAAGAAUACAAAAAGAGAUUUAGGAAGUUCAUGGACACCCAUUUUUUGUGCGUGCCCGACCAUUGGUGCUCCCAUAGAUUGAGUAACCCCUGCAAACUUUGUGGCACCGCAACCGAGGAGGAAAACGGUUCUUUGCAUUUGAAGCCUCGAGAGCGUGGGGAUUAUGAUGACGAUUCUAGACCUCUAGCAAAGUCUCUAGAGCAACCCAAACAUGCAGAUAAAUCUCGUCCCAGUUCUCCAAAUCAUGGACGAAAUGGUUUUUCUGCCUGAACGUUAUCAGUCCACUUUCGUGUUAAUGAAUUUUACUGUAUGUUGUGUAGAUAUUGGUUCAGUAUGGCCGCUCACUUUCUGCUGGUUUUUUUCAGCAAAGUUGAUGGGGGCAUUACGUCUAUCUUCUUUUAUAGGUUAUUUCAUAUUUAUUGCAUAUAAGUUUUGUAUGUAUAUCUUCUUGAGUAAUUGUAAAAAAAGAAAAAGAAAUUGUCAUUGGUAUUCUCUAGAAUUCUAUUCUUUUAUAUGCUAUGAAUGGGAACGAAGUAUUAGGGAUUUGGAAAUA